CACUAAUCAGUAUGUGUAUGUGUCUCCCUUUCUGUUCCUUUUUCCUUCCUUCCUGUAGCUUGGAAGCUCGAAGUCUGGCUGUGGCCAUGGGAGAUACGGUAGUGGAGCCUGCCCCCCUGAAGCCAACUUCUGAGCCCACUCCUGGGUCACCAGGAAAUAAUGGGGGCUCCUUGCUAAGUGUCAUCACGGAGGGGGUCGGGGAACUAUCUGUGAUUGACCCCGAGGUGGCCCAAAAGGCCUGCCAGGAGGUGCUGGAGAAGGUCAAGCUUUUGCAUGGAGGCGUGGCCGACUCUAGCAGAGGCGCUUCACAGGAACUGGUCAAUGGGGAUGGUGUGGACAGUGCUAUCCGCUGCCUGGACGAUCCUCCUGCCCAGAUAGCAGAGGAGGAAGAUGAGAUGGGGGCCACUGUGACCUCGGGCACAGCCAAGGGAGCGAGAAGGCGGCGGCAGAACAACUCAGCCAAACAGUCUUGGCUGCUGAGGCUGUUUGAGUCAAAACUAUUUGACAUCUCCAUGGCCAUUUCAUACCUGUAUAACUCCAAGGAGCCUGGAGUGCAAGCCUACAUCGGCAACCGGCUCUUCUGCUUUCGCAACGAGGACGUGGACUUCUACCUGCCCCAGUUGCUUAACAUGUACAUACACAUGGAUGAGGACGUAGGUGAUGCCAUCAAGCCCUACAUAGUCCACCGCUGCCGCCAGAGCAUUAACUUUUCCCUCCAGUGUGCCCUGCUGCUCGGGGCCUACUCUUCAGACAUGCACAUUUCCACUCAGCGACACUCCCGUGGGACCAAGCUACGGAAGCUGAUCCUCUCCGAUGAGCUGAAGCCAGCUCACCGAAAGAGGGAGCUGCCCUCCUUGAGCCCAGCCCCUGACACAGGGCUGUCUCCCUCUAAAAGGACUCACCAGCGCUCUAAGUCAGACGCCACCGCCAGUAUAAGUCUCAGCAGUAACCUGAAACGGACAGCCAGCAACCCCAAGGUGGAGAAUGAGGAUGAGGAGCUCUCCUCCAGCACCGAGAGUAUUGAUAAUUCAUUCAGUUCCCCUGUCAGACUGGCUCCUGAGCGAGAAUUCAUCAAGUCCCUGAUGGCAAUCGGCAAGCGGUUGGCCACGCUCCCCACCAAGGAACAGAAAACACAGCGGCUGAUCUCAGAGCUCUCCCUGCUCAAUCAUAAGCUCCCUGCCCGAGUCUGGCUGCCCACUGCUGGCUUUGACCACCACGUGGUCCGCGUGCCCCACACCCAGGCUGUUGUCCUCAACUCCAAGGACAAGGCUCCCUACCUGAUCUAUGUGGAAGUCCUUGAAUGUGAAAAUUUUGACACCACCAAUGUCCCUGCCCGGAUCCCUGAGAACCGAAUCCGGAGCACACGGUCCGUAGAGAACCUGCCCGAAUGCGGUAUCACCCAUGAGCAGCGGGCAGGCAGCUUCAGUACUGUGCCCAACUAUGACAACGAUGAUGAGGCCUGGUCAGUGGAUGACAUAGGCGAGCUACAGGUGGAGCUCCCUGAAGUGCACACCAACAGCUGUGACAACAUCUCCCAGUUCUCUGUGGACAGCAUCACCAGCCAGGAGAGCAAGGAGCCUGUGUUCAUUGCAGCAGGGGACAUCCGACGGCGCCUUUCAGAGCAGUUGGCUCACACCCCCACAGCCUUCAAACGAGACCCAGAAGAUCCUUCUGCAGUUGCUCUCAAAGAGCCCUGGCAGGAGAAAGUGCGGCGUAUCAGAGAGGGUUCCCCCUACGGCCAUCUCCCUAAUUGGCGGCUCCUGUCAGUCAUUGUCAAGUGUGGGGAUGAUCUUCGGCAGGAGCUGCUGGCCUUCCAAGUGUUGAAGCAACUGCAGUCCAUUUGGGAACAGGAGCGAGUACCCCUGUGGAUCAAGCCAUACAAGAUUCUUGUGAUUUCGGCCGAUAGUGGCAUGAUUGAACCAGUGGUCAACGCUGUGUCCAUCCACCAGGUGAAGAAACAGUCACAGCUCUCCUUGCUUGAUUACUUCCUGCAGGAGCAUGGCAGUUACACCACUGAGGCAUUCCUCAGUGCCCAACGCAAUUUUGUACAAAGUUGCGCUGGCUACUGCUUGGUCUGCUACCUGCUGCAAGUCAAGGACAGGCACAAUGGGAACAUCCUUUUGGACGCAGAAGGCCACAUCAUCCACAUCGACUUUGGCUUCAUCCUGUCAAGCUCACCUCGAAACCUGGGCUUUGAAACGUCAGCCUUUAAGCUGACCACAGAGUUUGUGGACGUCAUGGGUGGCCUGGAUGGCGAUAUGUUCAACUACUAUAAGAUGUUGAUGCUGCAGGGGCUGAUUGCUGCUCGGAAACACAUGGACAAGGUGGUGCAGAUCGUGGAGAUCAUGCAGCAAGGUUCUCAGCUUCCUUGCUUCCACGGCUCCAGCACCAUCCGCAACCUCAAAGAGAGGUUCCACAUGAGCAUGACUGAGGAGCAGCUCCAGCUGCUGGUGGAACAGAUGGUGGACGGCAGCAUGCGAUCUAUCACCACCAAACUCUAUGAUGGCUUCCAGUACCUCACCAACGGCAUCAUGUGACACUCUUUCUGAGGCCCUAGAGUGGUGGGGCAUUCAGGGGACCCUCCCUGGGAGAAACCCCAAACCAGGAAACCC